AAUUAAGUAAUUCAUAUGAAAUUACAUUUCACUAAUUUAUAUAUUUACGAUGUAGAAAGCGUGUACGUACUACCUUUAUUUGUUUAGAAAAUUUCACCAGUUGUGACACGAUCAGACACGAUCAACCGUUCUUCUUUUGAAUUCACACGAUGGUGGACACGCGCACUGCGCACCUGCAGCUACCGCCCGCAGAUUCGUUACUUACGGGUUGCAACAUUCGGAUUGGUUGAAUGCUGAUAACCAAUCACAUCGCAGAAAAUUAAAUGUUUGAAUUUUUCACUUUAAUGUGUUCUGUAAAAAUUAACUGCGCAUUUAAAAUAAUAAUGAUAUUACAAUAAAUACUAAUUGAAAAAUAUAACAUUCAAAUUUAUAUUAAAUGAUUCUGAUGAAUUGUCAUAUAUGCAAAUGAAAGAGAGAUACAUAUAUACAUAUGUAAACGUAAUAAAACCUCGUUUUGUCUUCAUGACUUGCACGCACCAAACGAGGAUUAAUAGUACUACGGACUAUGUAUGCAAGUUAUCCUGUUUGUAAACACAGUACAUAAAAAGGUACUGUAAAAAGUAGGAGGCACAUAAUUAAAAAAGAGUUAAGAUAAGAUUGUGUCAAAAAUGAAUGGUGUCAAAGAAAAUUCACAAGAUAAUGUACCAGAAACUGUAAGAAAUGCUGUGUUAGUACAUAGUUUUGAUCUUCCAACAGGAACUCCUAUAGUAAAAGGCUAUGAUUGGAAUAAAGGAAUCGACUAUCAUGCUUUACUUCAAACAUAUAAAACUUCUGGUUUUCAAGCAAGAAAUUUUGGUUUAGCUGUUGAUGAAAUUCAACGAAUGAUUUAUGCUAGAAAUAUUCCUCUUAAAGAUGAUGAAAUUGACAAUUUAGAGGAUGAUGAUUUUAUAAGGAGAAAGUCUUCGUGUACCAUAUUUUUAGGAUACACGUCUAAUAUGGCUUCCUGUGGAAUUCGAGAUACUAUAAGGUUUCUUGUACAGCAUAAAAUGGUUGAUUGCAUCGUAACUACAGCAGGUGGUGUAGAAGAAGAUUUAAUCAAAUGUUUGGCACCAACAUACAUUGGAGAUUUUAACUUGGAUGGGAAACAUCUUAGAGAACGUGGUAUUAAUAGAAUAGGGAACUUACUAGUACCUAAUGACAAUUAUUGUAUGUUUGAAGACUGGGUCAUGCCUAAAUUAGAUGCAAUGUUAACUGAACAAAAAGAGAAAGGUACACUUUGGACACCAUCUAAAGUGAUAACCAGAUUAGGUGAAGAAAUUAACAACGAAGCUUCAAUUUAUUACUGGGCUGCAAAGAAUAAAAUACCAGUUUUUAGUCCAGCUUUAACAGAUGGAAGUCUUGGUGAUAUGAUGUAUUUUCAUUCCUUUAGAAAUCCAGGCUUAGUGGUAGACAUAGUAUCAGAUCUAAGACGACUAAACACAAUGGCUAUGAAGGCAGUCAAGAGUGGAAUGAUUAUUAUAGGUGGUGGUGUUAUAAAGCACCAUAUUUGUAAUGCAAAUUUAAUGAGGAAUGGUGCUGACUAUGCUGUCUUUAUAAAUACAUCGUCAGAAUUUGAUGGAAGCGAUAGUGGUGCUCGCCCGGAUGAAGCUGUUUCAUGGGGCAAAAUUCGAGUUGACGCGAAACCAGUGAAAAUUUGUGGAGAAGCAACACUUGUAUUUCCGUUACUUGUUGGUGAAACAUUUGCUCGGCACUAUCAUUCCACGAAAGAAAAAACCGUAUCAGAUGUUUAAAAAACGAAAAAUAAAAAUAUGUAACUCGUAACAAAA